CCUUUUGGCUAAGAUCAAGUGUAGUAUCUGUUCUUAUCAGUUUAAUAUCUGAUAUGUGGGCCAUUGGUCCACACGAUAUUAAAUUUAUUUCUUGAGGGGGAGUGGGCCGCACAGUAGCUUGCUACUGGGCCUCUCGAGCGUCGCCCAUGCGUUGCACUAUUGCAAGGGCCUGGCGCACCCCAUCAAGCCCAGUUUAAAUACUUGGUUAUCUUGUAAUGGCUGAUUAUUAAUUUACCGAAAGAAAAAGAGACUGUUUAGUCGGAAGAUCCUUCAUUUUUCAGGAAAUAGAGGUGGCAUAGGCCAUGUAGUGUAGUUUAUAUUUAUACUCAAAAAUAAAAAAUAUAUUGAUGCAAUGUUGGCUACUGAUUGCACAAAGGACAGACCCAAGUGAAGAAGAUAAGAGAUUGGCAGCCACAGACCAACCCAGCCACAGACCAACCCAGCCUCUUGUUCUUCUAUUGGCCUCGGGAUGAGGCAAAUAAGAUUUUGGAUUUUUUUUCCAAAAAUAAUUACUGUUAGAGACACACCAUAGGAGCUGUAAAAUGAACUCCUUAAGUGCACCAAUUCCAUGCAAAUUUUACACUAAGGAACCAAAUCUUAGAAGAGGAAGAAGCAGCAGCAGCAUUAUAUUUUCUUCUACAUCCUCCACUACAAGCACAACCACCAUUAAACCCUCAAAAGAUGAGUCUUACACUGUUAGUUUCAAGACACAAAGGGCUUGCAAGCUUGGCAUUUCAAGGUACCCUGAUUUUGAAUAUGAUGCACAAGGUGGAAUUGGAACUGGUUCUGUUGCAAAGGUGGCCACAGAUAACAUUAAUGAGCUUCUUGUUUCAUUUGACCUUAAGACACUCUAUAUUCCACCACUAACUAAUUCUACAACCAAGUUUCUGGGGUUGCCACUGCCCCCAUUCUUAAAGAUUGAUAUAGUCCCAGAAGCAUUCCAAGGAACCAUUAACCAAGACUCUGGCAAGGCCAAGUUCUUGUUUUCUGCUGGGAGUAUCUACAAGGCUCCACCACUAAUGGUGAAGACAGUGUUGACAUCUGAAGAAUCAAAGGGUGAUAUGAAAAAUGGAAGAGGGAAGAGAUUGGAUGAAGAGGGGAAUUGCAGGCUGGUUGGUGUGGCAAAAGUUGAUCCAAUAGAUGAUUUUCUCAUGAAUUCCUUUCUUACCCUUCCAACUGAGUGUCUUGCUGAACUCAAUGCUGUGAUCUCAAUUUUUAUCUCAUCUUAAAGAAGAGAUCAUCAUCACACUUUGGAUAUUUUGAAACCUAUUUUAAUUCAUUUCAUAAUCCAAGUUGGAAAUAUUGAGUUCACACUUUGGAUAUUUUGAAACCUAUUUUAAUUCAUUUCAUAAUCCAAGUUGGAAAUAUUGAGUAAAGGCUUCGGUGAAUACAUAAGUUAAAUUUGGAUUAAGUUAUUCAUUCUAGAGCUUACUGUUCUGUGUAUAGCAAUAAUGCUGAAGCCUAUAGUGCAUUACAAUAUAAUAGACCCCAUUUUAUUUGUAUUUUGUAUGACAAAUUGGUAACUGUAUAGUUGUUAGUGUAUUAUUAUC